CGUGUUGGGUUGAAGAGGAGGGUGUCUCCGAGAGGGACGCUCCCUCGGACCCGCCCCCACCCCAGCUGCGAGGGCGCCCCCAAGGAGCAGCGCGCGCUGCCUGGCCGGGCUUGGGCUGCUGAGUGAAUGGAGCGGCCGAGCCUCCUGGCUCCUCCUCCUCCCCGCGCCGCCGGCCCCUCUUAUUUGAGCUUUGGGAAGCUGAGGGCAGCCAGGCAGCUGGGGUAAGGAGUUCAAGGCAGGGCCCACACCCGGGGGCUCUCCGCAACCCGACCGCCUGUCCGCUCCCCCACUUCCCGCCCUCCCUCCCACCUACUCAUUCACCCACCCACCCACCCACAGCCGGGACGGCAGCCCAGGCGCCCGGGCCCCGCCGUCUCCUCGCCGCGAUCCUGGACCUCCUCUUGCUGCAGGACCCGGCUUCCACGUGUGUCCCGGAGCCGGCGUCUCAGCACACGCUCCGCUCCGGGCCUGGGUGCCUACAGCAGCCAGAGCAGCAGGGAGUCCGGGACCCGGGCGGCAUCUGGGUCAAGUUAGGCGCCGCCGAGGCCAGCGCUGAACGUCUCCAGGGCCGGAGGAGCCGCGGGGCGUCCGGGUCUGAGCCGCAGCAAAUGGGCUCCGACGUGCGGGACCUGAACGCGCUGCUGCCCGCCGUCCCCUCCCUGGGUGGCGGCGGCGGCUGUGCCCUGCCUGUGAGCGGCGCGGCGCAGUGGGCGCCGGUGCUGGACUUUGCGCCCCCGGGCGCUUCGGCUUACGGGUCGUUGGGCGGCCCCGCGCCACCACCGGCUCCGCCGCCACCCCCGCCGCCGCCGCCUCACUCCUUCAUCAAACAGGAGCCGAGCUGGGGCGGCGCGGAGCCGCACGAGGAGCAGUGCCUGAGCGCCUUCACUGUCCACUUUUCCGGCCAAUUCACUGGCACAGCCGGAGCCUGUCGCUACGGGCCCUUCGGUCCUCCUCCGCCCAGCCAGGCGUCAUCCGGACAGGCCAGGAUGUUUCCUAACGCGCCCUACCUGCCCAGCUGCCUCGAGAGCCAGCCCGCUAUUCGCAAUCAGGGUUACAGCACUGUCACCUUCGACGGGACGCCCAGCUACGGUCACACGCCCUCGCACCAUGCGGCGCAGUUCCCCAACCACUCCUUCAAGCAUGAGGAUCCCAUGGGCCAGCAGGGCUCGCUGGGUGAGCAGCAGUACUCGGUGCCGCCCCCGGUCUAUGGCUGCCACACCCCCACCGACAGCUGCACCGGCAGCCAGGCUUUGCUGCUGAGGACGCCCUACAGCAGUGACAAUUUAUACCAAAUGACAUCCCAGCUUGAAUGCAUGACCUGGAAUCAGAUGAACUUAGGAGCCACCUUAAAGGGAGUUGCUGCUGGGAGCUCCAGCUCAGUGAAAUGGACAGAAGGGCAGAGCAACCACGGCACAGGGUACGAGAGCGAUAACCACACAACGCCCAUCCUCUGCGGAGCCCAGUACAGAAUACACACGCACGGUGUCUUCAGAGGCAUUCAGGAUGUGCGGCGUGUGCCUGGAGUAGCCCCGACUCUUGUGCGGUCGGCAUCUGAGACCAGUGAGAAACGCCCCUUCAUGUGUGCUUACCCAGGCUGCAAUAAGAGAUAUUUUAAGCUGUCCCACUUACAGAUGCACAGCAGGAAGCACACUGGUGAGAAACCAUACCAGUGUGACUUCAAGGACUGUGAGCGAAGGUUUUCUCGUUCAGACCAGCUCAAAAGACACCAAAGGAGACAUACAGGUGUGAAACCAUUCCAGUGUAAAACUUGUCAGCGAAAGUUCUCCCGGUCCGACCACCUGAAGACCCACACCAGGACUCAUACAGGUAAAACAAGUGAAAAGCCCUUCAGCUGUCGGUGGCCAAGUUGUCAGAAAAAGUUUGCCCGGUCAGAUGAAUUAGUCCGCCAUCACAACAUGCAUCAGAGAAACAUGACCAAACUCCAACUGGCGCUUUGAGGGGUCUCCCUUGGGGACCAUUCAGUGUCCCAGGCAGCACAGUGUGUGAACUGCUUUCAAGUCUGACUCUCCACUCCUCCUCACUAAGAAGGAAACUUCAGUUGAUCUUCUUCAUCCAACUUCCAAGACAAGAUACCAGUGCUUCUGGAAACUACCAGGUGUGCCUGGAAGAGUUGGUCUCUGCCCUGCCUACUUUUAGUUGACUCACAGGCCCUGGAGAAGCGGCUAACAAUGUCUGGUUAGUUAAAAGCCCAUUGCCAUUUGGUCUGGAUUUUCUACUGUAAGAAGAGCCAUAGCUGAUCAUGUCCCCCUGACCCUUCCCUUCUUUUUUUAUGCUCGUUUUCGCUGGGGAUGGAAUUAUUGUACCAUUUUCUAUCAUGGAAUAUUUAUAGGCCAGGGCAUGUGUAUGUGUCUGCUAAUGUAAACUUUGUCAUGGUUUCCAUUUACUAACAGCAACAGCAAGAAAUAAAUCAGAGAGCAAGGCAUCGGGGGUGAAUCUUGUCUAACAUUCCCGAGGUCAGCCAGGCUGCUAACCUGGAAAGCAGGAUGUAUUUCUGCCAGGCAACUUUUAAAGCUCAUGCAUUUCAAGCAGCUGAAGAAAGAAUCAGAACUAACCAGUACCUCUGUAUAGAAAUCUAAAAGAAUUUUACCAUUCAGUUAAUUCAAUGUGAACACUGGCACACUGCUCUUAAGAAACUACGAAGAUCUGAGAUUUUUUUGUGUAUGUUUUUGACUCUUUUGAGUGGUAAUCAUAUGUAUCUUUAUAGAUGUACAUACCUCCUUGCACAAAUGGAGGGGAAUUCAUUUUCAUCACUGGGAGUGUCCUUAGUGUAUAAAAACCAUGCUGGUAUAUGGCUUCAAGUUGUAAAAAUGAAAGUGACUUUAAAAGAAAAUAGGGGAUGGUCCAGGAUCUCCACUGAUAAGACUGUUUUUAAGUAACUUAAGGACCUUUGGGUCUACAAGUAUAUGUGAAAAAAAUGAGACUUACUGGGUGAGGAAAUCCAUUGUUUAAAGGUGGUCGUGUGUGUGUGUGUGUGUGUGUGUGUUGUGUUGUGUUUUGUUUUUUAAGGGAGGGAAUUUAUUAUUUACUGUUGCUUGAAAUUACUGUGUAAAUAUAUGUCCGAUAAUUAUUUGCUCUUUGACAACUAAAAUUAGGACUGUAUAAGUACUAGAUGCAUCACUGGGUGUUGAUCUUACAAGAUAUUGAUGAUAACACUUAAAAUUGUAACCUGCAUUUUUCACUUUGCUCUCAAUUAAAGUCUAUUCAAAAGGAAA